UGAGAGAGAAGGAAAAUGAAGAUACAAAGCAGAAGAGAAGGGUGGUGGUUAGUAAGAAGGGUAGCACUGAGCCUUAACAGAUUGAGUUACAGAUUGAGUUACACAAACAGAAGCUUUUCUGUCUGUCAAAAUGUCGUUCAGGAUAACCACAAUCAGGUUUUGGUUGAAGGAAAUGGUUGCUCCAGAAUCGCUAUUCUCAAUAGACCUUCUGCUCUCAAUGCUCUCAACACUACAAUGGUGAAUACACUGCAUAAACUUUAUAGGAGUUGGGAAGAUAACCCUGAUGUUGGUUUUGUGAUGAUGAAGGGCAGUGGCCGGGCAUUUGCAGCUGGUGGAGAUAUUGUUACGCUUUACCAUUUGAUAAACCAAGGUAACAUGGAAGCCUGUAAAGAAUUUUUUAGAAGAGUCUAUAGUUUUAUAUACCUGAUAGGUACAUAUUUGAAGCCACAUGUGGCUCUUCUGAAUGGCAUUACCAUGGGUGGUGGGGCAGGAAUUUCAAUCCCUGGGACAUUCAAAGUUGCAACAGACAAAACUAUUUUCGCUACCCCUGAAGUUCUUAUUGGAUUCCACCCUGAUGCUGGAGCAUCUUUUUACCUUUCACAUCUACCUGGACACUUAGGAGAGUACUUGGCUCUAACAGGGGAAAAACUCAAUGGAGUAGAGAUGGUUACCUGUGGGCUUGCUACACACUAUUCACUAAUUGCAAGGCUUUCAUUAAUUGAAGAACAGCUGGGGAAAUUGGUUACCGAUGACCCGUCUGUCAUAGAAACCACUUUAGAACAGUAUGGUGACCUUGUACACCCAGAUAGCAAUAGUGUACUACGCAGGAUUGAAACUCUAGAUAAAUGCUUUCGCCAUGACACAGUUGAAGAGAUUGUUGAUUCUUUGGAAAUUGCAGCAAGUGAAACAAAUGAUGCAUGGUGCAUUUCUACCCUAAAUAGACUUAAAGAAGCUUCUCCAUUGAGCUUGAAGGUUUCCUUGAGAUCUAUACAAGAAGGUAGAUCUCAGACCCUUGAUCAGUGCUUGUCACGUGAGUACCGUAUGACUUUACAAGGAAUAUCUAAGCAGAUAUCUGGUGACUUUUGUGAGGGAGUGAGGGCACGUGUGGUGGACAAGGACUUGGCACCAAAGUGGGAUCCUCCUACCUUGGAAAAGGUGUCUCAAGAUAUGGUGGAUCAGUACUUUUUACCUCUAAGUGAAUUUGAACCUGAUCUAGAGCUGCCCACAAAAAAUCGUGAAGCAUUUUUAUAGUUUUCCUUUCUCCCAAGGUGCUGGGAGCUUCCAGAAUUAGACAAAUAGAUAUAUACCAUUGGUAUUUUGCAGGGCAAUGGUCAAGCUUGUAUGUUUUGACAAUCUGAUGGUAGCUUCUGGUGGAUUACCACAAUAAUAUGUAAGGUUGUACCAGCUCUGGAUUGUGAAACUUUAGUCAUUGUUUGACAAAAGUAAUAACAGAAUAGAUAUGC